CCAGCGCGCCUAUUUAUUUUUUAUGUUCUUUUUCCCUUCAAAGGCAACUAACAAAGCAAAACACUUUUUUUUUUCCGUUUAAUUAAUUAAUUAUAUAUAUUUCUCUCUAAAAUCCAAAAAUCUAAAAUUGAUUCUCUCUCUGUUUUCUCUUUUUAAAGGGAAAACUCAGCGACCGGCGAGAAUCCAAAUCUCGCCGGAAUUUCGCUUUUUCUGAUCGUCAGAAUUUUGUAUUUCUUCCUUUUUCUUUAAAGCUGCCGAGAGAAUUGAAUUUCAUUUUUUUUUUCAAAUUGAUGUUAAAUGGUUAUGUAAUUAUGGUUUUGUAGAAGAAAACAAAAAACCAACAAAAAAAAAAAGGGGAAAAGUAUUCUCUCUCUCUUGUGGUGAGUAAUGGCUUGCAAUGCAGGGAAAAAGAUGAUGAGAUCCCUUGCUUUGUCUUCUUCCUCUAUGCCUUGAUUUUUUUUACCCUUUUAUCUCUCUCGGAAUUGCUCUUUUUUUUUCAAAAAAAAUAUUUGAAUGAGUGUUGCUUUCGACCUGGGUAUCAAUUCAUGCAACGGCUUGCAGAAAUUUGAACAAAUUUUGUUUUGGCUUCAAAAGGUAAGGUUUGGUUUCUGUUUUAUUGAGGUCAAACUUUGACAAAUUUGGGUUUUUAAAGGUUAAUUUCAGACUUUAGGCAUUUUUCAUGACUAAAUUCCUCGAUCUGAUCAAAUUUAAGAAAUGCAAGAUUGGGUUUAAAGUUUAAACUGGUGCUGUAGGUAACAAAUUUCUUUUCAGGGUUGAAGUUGCAUAAAUCAUUUGUUUUGUUUUAGCUGCCUACAAAAAGGUCGUGGGAAAAAGGGAAAAGAAAAGGAAACUAGAAUAUAAAUAUUGGGAAUUUAAUGAUUUUUUAUAAAAAAUUUGUAAUUUUUAUUUUGGUUCGCAAAUGGAAAAUUCACCUUAAUCAGCAUCAUGUAUGUUUCUUUUAUCACUUUUAAAUUAAGUUCCCCAUAAUCAACAUGUACCUUUUCUUGGAAACCCAACGGGGGUAAUUUCAUUUGGUCGUUGGUAGGUAAGUGGCUGUCCUUCUAAUGUUACAUGUUUCAAUUUAUUUUUGAAUUACCACAAAGUAAAAAAAAAAAAAAAAAAUGGCCUCCUGUUCUUCCUUUAAAAAUGCUUUUAAGUUGCCAAAUUUUUAAGAAAGUAGGUAGCUUUUGUGUCUAUCUUCUGUUCUUUCUAUGAUUUUUGAUAUAUUGAAACGAAAGAGUUUAGAAUUUAAAUUAGUAAAUUCAUGUUUCUUUCAAAAUUUGAACUUCUUGUAAUGUUAUAUUAUCUUUAUUUUAUGAAAACUUACAAGUUUAUUGAUUAGGAAUUACUGGUUGUUGAAUGCUUUUUGAUAUAAGGCCAUCAAGUCAGGCGGAGUUGCAACUGACAAAUGUUGGGCUUUUAGCUUUCAGUUUUUCAGAUUGUCUGGUGUUAAAACCGAAAAAUGCCAUUCGAGGUCAUGGAUCAAAGUAAUGCAUCGGCAUCAGCAUCGGCAUCGGCAUCGGCAUCAUCCCGCUUUUUAGAAGACAUUCUUUUCCCAGUUGAGAGACAAGUUGGAUUUUGGAAGCCGAAUACAAUGUCUGAUAAUCAAGACAAGAUUGUUGGUUCAUCUCCGAUGGAACAACUGUCUACUGACUAUAUGGAACAACCCCCAUCAAAUUUGGCCAGAGAUCAAGAAGAAAAGUUAAGCAUUGGUUGGAAGGGAAUUACCAAUUUGUCUGAGCAUUCAUGGAAUUCUGUGAAUCACCAUCCUAAAUCAAUGUCAAAUCUGUAUACAAAACCAGCAGAGAACUUGAAUAGAAACAGGACCUAUGGCAAUGUGAUCCAGCAUGAAAGUAGCCUGUUUUCAAGUUCAUUCUCUGAAGUAUUUAAUAGAAAGUUGAGAUUAUUAGGGAAUGAUCUAUCUUGUCAACAUGCCAGUUCAGCUGCUCCACACGUUGAGGAAGAACCUUUCAAAUCUAUGGAAGAAGUUGAGGCACAGACUAUCGGAAAUCUCCUUCCUGAUGAAGAUGAUCUAUUCUCUGGGGUGAUUGAUGACUUGGGACUUAAUACUCUUGACAGUAAAGGAGAUGAAUUAGAAGACUUUGACCUAUUCAGCAGUGGUGGAGGAAUGGAACUAGAAGGGGAUGAUCGUGUAUCCAUGGUUCCGAGGAAUUCUGAUCUUCUUAGAGUAUUCAACAUUCAAGGGGGUUCAAAUGGCUUAAUUGUUGGUGAACAUCCAUAUGGUGAGCAUCCUUCUAGGACACUUUUUGUUAGGAACAUUAAUAGCAAUGUCGAAGACUCAGAGUUAAAGACUCUCUUUGAGCAAUAUGGAGAUAUUCGAACUCUCUAUACUGCCUGCAAGCAUCGUGGGUUUGUUAUGAUUUCUUAUUAUGAUCUAAGAGCAGCCCAAAAUGCAAUGAGGGCUCUGCAGAAUAAAUCAUUGAGGCGUAGGAAACUUGAUAUACAUUAUUCAAUUCCAAAGGAAAACCAAUCUGAAAAAGAUGUGAACCAUGGGACGCUGGUGGUUUUCAACCUUGAUUCUUCUGUUUCAUCCGAUAAACUUCAACAAAUAUUUGGUGCUUUUGGAGAAAUUAAAGAAAUCCAUGAAACUCUGCAGAAGCAUAAUCCCAAAUUCAUUGAGUUUUAUGAUGUUAGAGCUGCAGAAGCUGCUUUUCAAGCACUGAAUAGCAGUGACAUUGCUGGGAAGCAGAUCAAAAUUGAACCAAGCCAUCUAUGGGGCAUUGGACGCUUUACACAACAGCCUGAGUCAGAGCAAGAUGAACCUAACCUAUGCAAAAGCCCUUUUGAUGAGUUAUCAUCGGGAAACUGUGUUUCUCCAGGAUUGACUGCAUCUGGCUGCAUGGAUAAUGGGUCUACCCAGGUUGUUGCACCUGUGAGUACAUUUGCUGAAACUCAUCGAAGUUCUACUGUGCCAAUUAACUUAGCCUCUCCAGCAAGAGUGUCACCGAUAGGAAAACCCUUAAGCUUUCGGGAGCCCGACCACGCUCUAGAUGAAAUGAAGUUUGCUAACCAAGGUGUACCAAGUUUCCAUCCCCAUUCUUUACCUGAGUAUCAUGAUAGCUUAGCCAAUGGUAUUCCAUUCAAUUCCUCUAGUACCAUAAUAGACAUGGCUAGCAGCAGCAGUCCCAUGAUGGCUGAAGGACUUGAUAAUAGGCAUAUUCGAGGAGCAAGGUCAAAUGGGCACCUAAUGCAACCUAAUGCAGGGGUGUUUGGGUCAUCUGGAAAUGGAAGCUUGUCAUGUAAUGGAAACCAUUACAUGUGGAACAACUCCAACUCGCCCCAGCAAAAUCUGCCAACUGCCAUGGUUUGGCCAAAUUCACCAUCGUUUGUUAAUGGCAUUCAUGCUAAUCGCCUUCCACAUAUCCCAGCAUUUCCUAGGGCUCCUUCUGUAAUGUUGAAUGUAGGAUCACCUGUACACCACCACAUUGGCUCAGCACCACCAGUUAAUUCUGCAUUCUGGGACAAGCGGCAUCCUUAUAUCGGGGAGUCUCCUGAAACUUCAGGUUUUCCCCUUGGAUCUCUUGGAAGCGUGGGCUUUCCUAGUAGCUCGCUAUCACAUCCGGUGGAAUAUGCUUCCCACAACAUUUUUUCUCAUGUUGGUGGAAAUUGCAUGGAUUUGACAAAAACUGGUGGGGUACACUCUCCUCAGCAAAUGUGCCACCUUUUCCCUCGCAGGAACCCUAUGAUGCCCGCAUCUCUUGAUUCUCCUAAUGAUCGUGUCAGAAACUUUUCAUACCGCAGAAAUGAAUCAAAUACUAGUAAUGCUGAUAAAAAACAAUAUGAACUUGAUAUUGACCGAAUCAUACGCGGGGAAGACAGCAGAACAACGCUUAUGAUUAAAAAUAUACCCAACAAGUAUACCUCAAAGAUGCUUCUGGCAGCCAUUGAUGAGCACUGUCGAGGAACUUAUGAUUUUAUUUAUUUGCCAAUUGACUUCAAGAAUAAAUGCAAUGUAGGCUAUGCUUUCAUCAACAUGAUUGACCCGCAACAUAUCGUUCCCUUCUAUAAGGCAUUCAAUGGCAAGAAAUGGGAGAAGUUCAACAGUGAAAAGGUUGCGUCUAUUGCAUUUGCUAGGAUCCAGGGAAAGGCUGCUCUUAUUACUCAUUUCCAGAAUUCGAGCUUGAUGAAUGAAGAUAAACGAUGUCGCCCUAUUCUUUUUCACACUAAUGGCCCAAAUGCGGGUGAUCAGGAGCCAUUUCCUAUGGGUACCAAUAUUCGACCAAGACCAAGGAGACCUCGAACAACUAGCAAUGACGAGAGCCACUGCCAAGGUAGUUCUUCAACUUUAGCUAACACAGAGGAAUUUCCCAAUGGGGUCGACUCAUUGUUGGUUUCUUCCAAAGAUUCUGAUUGAGCACUCCACUUAUCCAUCUCUAACUGCAGAGUACUAAAACUUUUGUAGACAAUACUCUGUAUUUGAUGGUGGACUGAUGACUCUUUUUUGGCUAUAGAGAAUCAGUUUCAGAAAGCAAGAUGCAUAACCAAAACUAAACUUGAAAAUUUUUGUUUUUUUAUCAAAGCCCAUAGGCCAUUAUGAGUAUAAAGACUCGCGUAAUGGGGGCUUCAAAUUUUGGAUAGUCUUAUGACCGAAGGGUAUCAUGUUGUAUAGAAGUACCUGGGCUUAUGCACCAACUUUAGGGAAUCCUUUGUUGUUUCAUUUUUGUACCUGAAUUAUGUGAAUCUCAUUUUUUUAACCCCGGGGAUUCUCAAAUCCGUAUAAUCCCUGCUUUUGGUCUAUUUGGGGUGUAAUUGCUUACAGAGAAAGAGAGAGAGAGAGAGAUACAGAGAGCAAGAAACAGUAUAUCUAAGUUUUCUAGUUGUGGAAUUUUGAAGCUAUUUGUUUACCUUUAAUGGAAAUAUAUUCUUGUUCUUUUUUUGGUC